CGAAUUCUAGCGCGAAGCAGCGAGGACGUCAAAGAUGAAGCUAUACGCUCCAUGCAUACGGAAUUUUCUAUAAUUAACAAAGACUGCUAACAUACGAAGGUAACCUUACCUUGGGUACCUAGGUUAGGUACCUCCUAUCUUAUUCGAUUAUGAGCCAUGCGCCAAGCGACCGAACUACUAAAAGAACCAUAAAAUGGCCCAAGUGACGAUCCAAAGCUCCCCCUAGGCUAAACCAAAGAUUUAGGUCGCGAUUCGCUCUUCGGAGAUAAAGCGUAGCAUGAAUGAGUGCUGUGGAGGGUCGAAAUAGGUGCCUCUUGUGCUUCGCACAAUGUCCACAGUAUCUGGAUAUAUAAGUGACUGCGGCUUCUACACAUGAAGUAGUAAAGUUCCCAGAUCUCUACUAAGACAUCUCAGCUGUUACGUAUUCCAUAAUCCCAAAGACUAGGUAUCUGCAGCUCUUAACGAUGGCCUCGGACAAGAAGAUUGUUCUGAUAACGGGGGGUAACACCGGUCUCGGUUUCGAGAUCGCAAAAGCCUUGUACCAAUCCGAGAUUCCUUACGAAAUCAUCAUCGGUGCGCGGACCGUAUCCAAGGGUGAGGAUGCUAUCGCAACUCUGCGCAAGGAAUACCCGCAGUCCGCCUCCUCACUCAGCGUCGUGCAAGCCGACCUGGAUUCCGAUGCAUCCCUCGAGAAGGCCGUCGAGACUAUUAGUUCUCAAUAUGGACGGCUAGAUGCAUUGGUUAACAACGCCGGUGCUAGCUUCGACAAUCUGAUACAGGAAGGCAAAAUGACUCUUCGUCAAGGCUUCAACGCCACCUGGGACCUCAACGUGUCCGGCACUCAUGUGCUUACUUCGCUCGCGGUCCCUCUGCUGCUCAAGUCGUCCGAUCCUCGUGUCCUGUUCAUCACCAGCGGCACCAGCACACUCUCCGAGACGGAGCAUGUGAAUCUCAUACGCCUCAAUGCUAGCCCGCCUGCAGGAUGGCCGAAGCCGAAAGCUGUGAUAUCGGCGACUGCGUAUCGUUCCUCGAAAACGGGCCUGAAUAUGUUGAUGCGCGAAUGGCACCGUAUCCUGAAGAAUGACGGUGUCAAGGUCUGGGCUAUAAGUCCCGGAUUCCUUGCUACGGGACUCGCGGGCGUCGGCCCGGAGAAGCUAAAGCAGAUGGGUGCGCUUGAUCCUUCCGUGGGCGGUCAGUUCGUCAGGGAUGUUCUGCAGGGGAAGCGGGACGAAGAUGCUGGGAAGGUUGUUAGGUCAAGCGGUAUUCAGCCUUGGUAAACUACCUAACACAUUCUAGAUAUCGUGCGGCCAUGUGCUACUACCAUAGGAGGUACCUUGAUGUCUUUCACUCAAAGACAAUUCUAAGUUGGUCGAGUACCUGUAUC